AUGGGUGCCAUCUCCUGUGCAGAAUGGGUGGUAUUGCCAAAACGUUACUUCCACUUUGCGCUAUCACUGGGAAGGCAAUUGGAGCAGUGGGACAGAGACGGUAGGACAGCCUUCAACUUUGUCGCCUCGCGAUUGUCCAGCGGAUGUUGGCCUUUGUGGCCUCAUUCGUCACCAAAAUGCCUUUGA